UAUGUCAAACAUUAUAGCAGUUCUGUUCGUUUCUGUAAUAGUGAAAUGUGAGUGCGCGAAAAUAUUAGCAGUCUUUCCAACCCCAUCGAUCAGUCAUCAAGUAGUAUUUCGUCCCUUGGUGCAAGAAUUAGCAAAACGUGGACACGAUGUGACAGUGAUAACAACAGAUCCAGCUUUUCCAAAAGGACAAAGUCCUCGAAACAUAACUGAAAUAGAUGUUCAUGAUAUAUCAUACAAUAUAUGGACAACAUUUUUACAAGCGGAUAAAGGGAAAGAAGAAAAUGCACACACACAAAUAAAGUUUAUCUUUGAACUAUUGGCAAGAGUAUUUGAAGAGCAAAUGAAAACGAAUGAAGUCCAGAAACUUAUUAAUGAUAAGAAAAAUAAAUUUGACUUACUCUUUAUAGAAUCAUGUGUAAGACCGGCUCUAGGUUUUACUUACUUAUAUAAAGUACCCGUUAUUGAGAUAAGUUCGCUUGGUCCUAUUUAUGAAACAUUUGAUAAAUCAGGAGCUGCGACGAAUCCCCUCAUAUAUCCUAUAGCAACCCGUCAACGGUUGAAUAUAUUAACUCUAUGGGAAAAAAUUCAAGAAUUGUAUACACAGUUUAAAGGAGAAUAUAUAUAUGGAGCGCUAGUGAGUUCAGAGGAUAAAAUGCUACAGAAAAUAUUUGGUUCAAACAUUCCUAGCAUUACAGAAUUAAGAAAAAAUGUUGAUAUGCUAUUUUUAAACGUACAUCCGAUCUGGGAUUACAACCGUCCUGUACCACCUAAUAUACUUUAUUUAGGAGGCUUACAUCAAAAUGCUGCUAAAGAAUUACCAAAGGAUCUCAAAUCUUAUCUCGACUCUUCCAAAAAUGGUGUAAUAUACAUGAGCUUCGGUACAAACGUUAAACCUUCAUUGUUACCGAAAGAGAAGGUGCAAAUAUUUAUUAACGUAUUUUCCGAGCUGCCUUACGACGUUUUAUGGAAAUGGGAUAAAGAUGAAAUUCCAGGACGUUCUAAGAACGUAAGAAUCUCUAAAUGGUUCCCGCAGUCCGAUUUGCUCAAACAUCCUAAAGUUAAGCUUUUCAUAACACAAGGAGGUUUACAAUCGACAGACGAAGCGCUAACAGCUGGAGUACCUCUUAUCGGUGUACCAAUGCUUGGAGACCAAUGGUUCAAUACUGAACAAUAUGUUACACAUAAUAUAGGUAUCAAGCUCAGUAUAGAAACACUGACAGAGAAAAAACUAAAGGAAGCCAUAGAAACUAUAAUUACAAAUUAUAGCUUUCGUCAGAAUGUUGUGAGAUUAAGCAACAUUAUGCGAGAUCAACCACUAUCACCAUUAGAACGCGCUGUGUGGUGGACGGAGCACGUCUUAAGACAUAAGGGCGCCGCGCAUCUACGUUCACCGGCAGCUCACAUACAUUGGACUGAAUAUUAUGCCGUUGACUUAAUUCUGUUACUUUUAGGCUCUUUUGUAAUUUUGAUGUUAAUAUUUACUUUUGCAAUUCAUAUAGUUUUAUCAAAAUUAAAGUAUAUUCGGAUUAAAAGCAAAAUGAAUUAAAAUAUACACACCAACGUA